CUCAAUACACCCUGUCCGUUUCUCUCUCUCUCUCUAUAUAUAUAUAUGUAUUGCCUAGAGUUGGAGAGACUAAUAUAUAUAUAUAUUGCCUAGAGUUGGAGAGACUAAUGAGAUGUUCUCUGCGAUCUAAGCACAAGAUUUAAGCAGUAACUUAAUUAAUAAUAAUCAUCCAUGGGCCGGACGAUACGGAGGAAUCGGUUAUGAGCAAACGUGUGGAAGUUUACACUAGGUCUACGAACACACCGUACCACCUUGCGGUGUUGAAUUGCUACAUAAAAAAAGUAAAAAGCCUUAUUGACAGAGAUGCUCACGUGAAUGCUAAAAAUGCAUAUGCACUGCAUCUAGCCAUCUUGCUGAGACACAAAGAUAUCGUAAAAAUCAGGUUAGCAAAUAGUGCCGAUGUCAACUUGAAAAUGGAAAGGGGAGAGAUCCAUGUUGCUGUGCGAGAAAGACAAGAAGAAAUUUGCAACUUGCUACUUGAAGCAGAAGUUGACGUUCACGCCAAAGACGAAAUCGGACUAACGGCGUUGCAUCUAGCCAUUGGGGAGACACACAAAGAUAUCGUACAAAUCCUCAUAGAUCAGGGUACCAAUGUCAACUUGAAAACUGAACAUGGCGAGACACCGCUUCAUUUUGCUGCAGAAAUAGGACUAGAAGAAAUUUGCAGGUUGCUAAUCGAGAGAGGAGCUGACGUUCAUGCCAAAAACGAAAUCGGACUAACGGCGUUGCAUCUAGCCAUUCUGGAGACACAUAAAGAUAUCGUACAAAUCCUCAUAGAUCAGGGUGCCGAUGUCAACGUGAAAACUGAAUAUGGCGAGACACCGCUUCAUUUUGCUGCAGAAAUAGGACUAGAAGAAAUUUGCAGGUUGCUAAUCGAGAGAGGAGCUGACGUUCAUGCCAAAGACGAAAUCGGAGUAACGGCGUUGCAUCUAGCCAUUCGGGAGACACACAAAGAUAUAGUACAAAUCCUCAUAGAUCAGGGUGCCGAUGUCAACGUGAAAACUAAAGAGGGCGCGACAGCGCUCCAUUGUGCUGCGCAAGUAGGAUUAGUAGAAAUUCGCAGGUUGCUCAUUGAGAGAGGAGCUGACGUGGAUGUCGAAGACAACAGUAGAUUAAUGGCGCUCUUUGAAGAAAUUCAGGCGAGACACAAAGAUAUCAUACAAAUCCUCGUAGAUCAUGGUGUCGAUGUCAACGUGAAAACUGGAAUGGGCGAAACACCGCUUCAUUUUGCUGCGCAAGUAGGACUAAACGAAACUCACAAUUUACUAGCCGAGAGAGGAACUGAUGUAGAUGUUGAAGACAAAAGUGGAAGAUCGGCACUGUACCUAGCCAUUCUGAAGACACACAAAGAUAUCGUGCAAAUCCUCGUAGAUCAGGGUGCCGAUGUCAAAUUGAAAAGUUGGAUGGGCGAUACAGUGCUUCAUUUUGCUGCGCAAGUAGGAGUAGAAGAAACUUGCAGGUUGCUACUCGAAAGAGGCGUUGACGUGAAUGCUCAAAACAAAAAAGGAGAAACGGCACUGCACCUAGCCAUUCAGAUGAGACACAAAGAUAUAGUACAAAUUCUCGUACAUCAGGGCGCCGAUGUCAACGGGGAAACGUCAUGGGGCGACACACCGCUUCGGUGUGCUGCGCGAGAAGGACUAGAAGAAACAUGCAGGUUGCUAAUCGACAGAGGUGCUGACAUGCAUGCCCAUGACGGAAGUGGAACGACAGCACUGCACCUAGCCAUUCAGCAGAGGCACAAACAUAUCGUACAGAUCCUCCUAGACCAGGGUAUCGAUGUCAAUUUGAGAAAUCAAAGGGGCGAGACACCGCUUCAUUUUGCUGCGCGACUAGGACAAGAAGAAAUUAUCAGGUUGCUAAUGUACAGAGUUGACGUUGAUGUCGAAGACAAGAGUGGAUUAAUGGCGCUGUUUGAAGCCAUUCAGAAGAGACACAAAGAUAUCGUACAAAUCCUCGUAGAUCAGGGUGCCGAUGUCAAAUUGAAAACUAAAACAGGCGAGACGCCUCUCCAUUUUGCUGCGCAAGUAGGACUAGACGAAACUUGCAGGUUGCUAAUCCAGAGAGGAGCUGACGUGCAUGCCGAAGACGAAAACGGAUUAAAGGCGCUGUUGGUAGCCAUUCAGGAGAGACACAAAGAUAUCGUUCAGAUCCUCGUAGAUCAGGGUGCCGAUGUCAACUUGAAAACUGAACAUGGCGAGACACCGCUUCAUUUUGCUGCAGAAAUAGGACUAGAAGAAAUUUGCAGGUUGCUAAUCGAGAGAGGAGCUGACGUUCAUGCCAAAAACGAAAUCGGACUAACGGCGUUGCAUCUAGCCAUUCUGGAGACACAUAAAGAUAUCGUACAAAUCCUCAUAGAUCAGGGUGCCGAUGUCAACGUGAAAACUGAAUAUGGCGAGACACCGCUUCAUUUUGCUGCAGAAAUAGGACUAGAAGAAAUUUGCAGGUUGCUAAUCGAGAGAGGAGCUGACGUUCAUGCCAAAGACGAAAUCGGAGUAACGGCGUUGCAUCUAGCCAUUCGGGAGACACACAAAGAUAUAGUACAAAUCCUCAUAGAUCAGGGUGCCGAUGUCAACGUGAAAACUAAAGAGGGCGCGACAGCGCUCCAUUGUGCUGCGCAAGUAGGAUUAGUACAAAUUCGCAGGUUGCUCAUUGAGAGAGGAGCUGACGUGGAUGUCGAAGACAACAGUAGAUUAAUGGCGCUCUUUGAAGAAAUUCAGGCGAGACACAAAGAUAUCAUACAAAUCCUCGUAGAUCAUGGUGUCGAUGUCAACGUGAAAACUGGAAUGGGCGAAACACCGCUUCAUUUUGCUGCGCAAGUAGGACUAAACGAAACUUACAAGUUGCUACUCGAGAGAGGUACUGACGUGGAUGCCGAAGACGAAAACGGAUUAACGGCGCUGUCUGAAGCCCUACAGAAGAGACAGAAAGAUAUCGUACAAAGCCUCGUAGAUCAGGGUGCCGAUAUCAACUCGAAAACUGAAAUUAGCAUGGAGACACCGCUUCAUAUUGCUGCGCAAGCAGGACUACAAGAAAUUUGCAGGUUCCUACUCGAAAAAGGCGUUGACGUGAAUACUCAAAACGAAAAAGGAGAAACGGCACUGCACCUAGCCAUUCGGAAGGGACACAAAGAUAUUGUACAAAUCCUCGUAGAACGUGGUGCCGAAAUCAACGUGAAAACUCGAAUAGGCGAGUCACCGCUCCAUUUUGCUGCGCAAGUAAGAGUAGACGAAACUUGCAGGUUGCUAAUCCAGAGAGGAGCUGACGUGCAUGCCGAACACAAAAACGGAUUAAAGGCUCUGUUGGUAGCCAUUCAGGAGAGACACAAAGAUAUCGUUCAGAUCCUCGUAGAUCAGGGUGCCGAUGUCAACUUAAAAACUGAAUGUGGCGAGACACCGCUCCACUGUGCUGCGCAAGUAGGACUAAACGAAACUCACAAUUUACUAGCCGAGAGAGGAACUGAUGUAGAUGUUGAAGACAAAAGUGGAAGAACGGCACUGUACCUAGCCAUUCUGAAGACACACAAAGAUAUCGUGCAAAUCCUCGUAGAUCAGGGUGCCGAUGUCAAAUUGAAAAGUUGGAUGGGCGAUACAGUGCUUCAUUUUGCUGCGCAAGUAGGAGUAGAAGAAACUUGCAGGUUGCUACUCGAAAGAGGCGUUGACGUGAAUGCUCAAAACAAAAAAGGAGAAACGGCACUGCACCUAGCCAUUCAGAUGAGACACAAAGAUAUAGUACAAAUUCUCGUACAUCAGGGCGCCGAUGUCAACGGGAAAACGUCAUGGGGCGACACACCGCUUGGGUGUGCUGCGCGAGAAGGACUAGAAGAAACAUGCAGGUUGCUAAUCGACAGAGGUGCUGACGUGCAUGCCCAUGACGGAAGUGGAACGACAGCACUGCACCUAGCCAUUCAGCAGAGGCACAAACAUAUCGUACAGAUCCUCCUAGACCAGGGUAUCGAUGUCAAUUUGAGAAAUCAAAGGGGCGAGACACCGCUUCAUUUUGCUGCGCGACUAGGACAAGAAGAAAUUAUCAGGUUGCUAAUGUACAGAGUUGACGUUGAUGUCGAAGACAAGAGUGGAUUAAUGGCGCUGUUUGAAGCCAUUCAGAAGAGACACAAAGAUAUCGUACAAAUCCUCGUAGAUCAGGGUGCCGAUGUCAAAUUGAAAACUAAAACAGGCGAGACGCCUCUCCAUUUUGCUGCGCAAGUAGGACUAGACGAAACUUGCAGGUUGCUAAUCCAGAGAGGAGCUGACGUGCAUGCCGAAGACGAAAACGGAUUAAAGGCGCUGUUGGUAGCCAUUCAGGAGAGACACAAAGAUAUCGUUCAGAUCCUCGUAGAUCAGGGUGCCGAUGUCAACUUGAAAACUGAAACAGGCAAGACGCCUCUCCAUUUUGCUGCGCAAGUAGGACUAGACGAAACUUGCAGGUUGCUACUCGAGAGAGGAACUGACGUGGAUGCCGAAGACAAAAGUGGAAGAACGGCAAUGCACCUUGCCGUUCAGAAGAGACACAAAGAUAUCGUACAAAUCCUCGUAAAUCAGGGUGCCGAUGUCAACUUGAAAACUGAAACAGGCGAGACGCCUCUCCAUUUUGCUGCGCAAGUAGGACGUGACGAAACUUACAGGUUGCUACUCGAGAAAGGAACUGACGUGGAUGCCGAAAACAAAAAUGGAAGAACGGCAAGGUGCAUUGCCGUUCAGAAGACACACAAAGAUAUCGUACAAAUUCUCGUAGAACAUGGUGCCGAUGUCAAUUUGAGAAAUGAAAGGGGCGAUACACCGUUUUAUUUGGCUGUGCAAGAAAGGCAAGAAGAAAUUUGCAGAUUGCUAAUCAGAGGAGGUGCUGACAUAGAUGCCAAAGAGGAAGAUGGAAAAACAUUACUGCACACAGCCAUUCAGGAGAGACACGAAGAUAUCGUGCAAAUCCUCGUAAAUCAGGGUGCCGAUGUCAAUUUGAAAACUAAAACAGGCGAGACACCGCUCCAUCUUGCUGCGCAAGCCGAUCUAGAAGAAAUUUGCAGGUUGCGACUCCACGGUCCUGUCCUAUGGUUUGAAACCACUCAGAAGAGACACAAAGAUAUCGUGCAAAUCCUCGUAGAUCAGGGUGCCGAUGUCAACGUGAAAACUGUAAUGGGCGAGACACCGCUUCAUUUUGCUGUGCAAGUAGGAGUAAAAGAAACUUGCAAGUUGCUACUCGAGAGAGGAACUGACGUGGAUGCCGAAGACGAAAACGGACUAACGGCGUUGCAUCUAGCCAUUCGGGAGACACACAAAGAUAUCGUACAAAUCCUCGUAGAUCAGGGUGCCGAUGUCAACGUGAAAACUAAAGGGGGCGAGACACCGCUCCAUUGUGCUGCGCGACUAGGAUUAGAAGAAAUUCGCAGGUUGCUAAUUGAGAGAGGAAUUGACACGAGUAAGCUCGAAGACUUCGGUAAAAAAACGGCACUGCACCUAGCCAUUCAGAAGAGAAAGAAAGAUAUCAUACAAAUCCUCAUAGAACAUGGUGCCGACGUCAACUUGAAAAUGGAAGGAGGCGAAACACCGCUACAUUUUGUUAUGCGAGAAAGACAAGAAGAAAUUUGGAGGUUGCUAAUCAAAGGAGGUGCUGACGUGAAUGUCAAAGAUAUAGAUGGAAACUCGGCACUGCACCUAGCCAUUCAGAAGAGACACAAAGAUAUCGUACAUAUCCUCGUAGAUCAGGGUGCCAAUGUCAAUUUGAAAACUGAUAGGGGCGAGACACCGCUCCAUUUUGCUGUACGAGAAGGACAAGAAGAAAUUUGCAGGUUGCUACUCGCGAAAAAGGCGUUGACGUGAAUGCCAAAGAGGAAAGGGGAUACACAGCGUUACAUGUUGCCGCUGAAAGUGGUCAAACAUAUUUCAUAGAAGUUCUCUUGAAUUGGGGCAUCGACAUCGAUGCCAUAAAUGUGGAUGGUAAUACUGCACUUCAUCUUGCAUCCCGCGCCAAUAAGUAUGAAGCCGUUCUGACUCUCAUAGAUAACGGGUCCGACGUAAACAUUAUUAACAAAAACCAUAAAACAGCGUUGCACUUACACUGUUCUAAGUUUAAACGUAUGUACUGUUUUCCCAUUAUCAAGGCACUAAUUAAAAUGCAGAUUGUUAGCUUGAACAUGAAUAACGGAAAUGUGGAGAAUCUUUAUCUCACUAUGGAUUUAAUCGUGCCGCCUCAGUUCGUGAAGAAUUGUAUUGAAGAGAUAAAGAGAAUGAAAAGCACAAAAAUUAACGAUAGUAUCCUAACAUUCCAUGAUAUCCUAACAAAACGCAUAGACCAAAUAGCAUUAUACGCGAGAAAUGAAGAUGUUGUUCAGGUUUUGAAAGAGGGCAAUUACCGUAGAGAAUUUCCUAAGUACGAAGACAUAAUAGAACGUCGUUUCAACAGAGGUAUGGUACAAAAGAAGUUGUUAGAUGUGGGCGUUAUAUUUCUCCGCCGUUACUUCACCAGAAAUUAUGAUUUACCUUGUAUUCAAAGAAUAUUAAACUACCUCAGUAACCUGGACCUAAUGAGUUUGAGAGAUGCUUGUAAAGACAUACGUUCUAACAUUAACGAUACAACAAAACGGGAAAUACUGUAAUAUUUACUACUUACUAUUGUUAUACUUGUUCAUUAAUAUUUUGAUACCAAUAAAUAGACAUUUUGUGUUUUA